CGGGGUUGGUGACAUCCAGACCCGGACCAACCUUGGGGAAAAGGGCGCGAUGGAGGCAGCUCCCGGGUCUGGCGAUAAGCGGCGAUGGAGGCCUGGCCUCUUGGACCAGAGGGCGGAGGGCUUCUGGUGAUCGGGUGUCCGAUCCCUGCCAUUCUCCUUUCUCGCUCUCACCGCACCUUUGAUGACUUGUACAGUGCUGGUCUCCUCCUGUAAAUUCGGAGGGUGCGGUGGUGCCUUCCCAGAUAUGGUCCACGCGCAAGGUCUGGUAAUAAAUGUUUGUUGAGACUCUGAAUGAAUGGUCAGGCCUGGGGGACAAGACAAGAGCCAGAUGUCUUAGAUCUAGGCACUCCCAUUCCUCUUGGCCGAGAGCUGAGAGCCGAGAGGGUGAUGGCUUCUUUGUGAAGUGGGAGGCAGUAGCAGAGGAGGAAUGAUUGAACACAGCCUGUCGCUGUGCUACCACAACAAACUUAUCUUAGCCCCUAUGGUUCGGGUAGGCACUCUCCCAAUGCGGCUGCUGGCCCUGGACUAUGGAGCAGACAUUGUAUACUGUGAGGAGCUGAUUGACCUCAAGAUGCUUCAGUGCAAGAGAGUUGUUAAUGAGGUGCUGAGCACUGUGGACUUUGUUGCUCCUGAUGACCGAGUAGUCUUCCGCACCUGCAAAAGAGAACAGAGCAGGGUUGUCUUCCAGAUGGGGACUUCAGAUGCAGAGCGAGCCCUUGCUGUGGCCAGACUUGUGGAAAAUGAUGUGGCUGGGAUUGAUGUCAACAUGGGCUGCCCAAAAGAGUAUUCCACCAAGGGGGGAAUGGGAGCUGCUCUGCUGUCAGACCCUGACAAGAUUGAGAAGAUCCUCAGCACUCUUGUUAAAGGGACUCGCAGACCUGUGACCUGCAAGAUUCGCAUCCUGCCCUCGCUGGAAGAUACCCUGAGCCUUGUGAAGCGGAUAGAAAGGACUGGCAUUGCUGCCGUUGCAGUUCAUGGGAGAAAGCGGGAAGAAAGACCUCAGCACCCUGUAAGCUGUGAAGCCAUCAGAGCCAUUGCUGAAACCCUCUCCAUUCCUGUCAUAGCCAACGGAGGAUCACAUGACCACAUCCAAGAAUAUUUGGACAUAGAGGACUUUCGACAAGCCACAGCAGCCUCUUCUGUGAUGGUGGCCCGAGCCGCCAUGUGGAACCCAUCCAUCUUCCUCAAGGAGGGUCUGCGACCCCUGGAGGAGGUCAUGCAGAAGUACAUCCGAUAUGCUGUGCAGUAUGAAAACCACUACACCAACACCAAGUAUUGCUUGUGCCAGAUGCUACGAGAACAGUUGGAGUCGCCCCAGGGAAGGUUGCUCCAUGCCGCCCAGUCUUCUCAGGAAAUUUGUGAGGCCUUUGGCCUUGGUGCCUUUUACGAGGAGAUGACACAAGAGCUGAAUGCCCGGCGGGCUGAGUUCUUAGCCAGGACCCCAGAGGCAGCGGGGGAACCAGCUGAAGACACCUCUGGUAUCAUUAAGAUGGCUGUCAAGUUUGACCGGAGAGCAUACUCACCCCAGAUCACCCCCAAGAUGUGCCUGCUGGAGUGGUGCCGGAGGGAGAAGUUGGCGCAGCCUGUGUAUGACACGGUUCAGCGCCCCCUGGAUCGCCUCUUCUGCUCUGUUGUGACUGUUGCUGAGCAAAAGUACCAGUCCACCUUGUGGGACAAGUCUAAGAAAUUGGCAGAGCAGGCUGCGGCCAUCGUCUGUCUGCGGAGCCGGGGCCUCCCUGAAGGUCGGCUGGGUGAAGAGAGCCCCUCCUUGCACAAGCGCAAGCGGGAAGCCCCUGACCAAGAUCCUGGGGGUCCCAGAGCUCAGGAGCCAGCAGUGCCUGGGAAGCUGUGCAAGAAGCCCUUUGUGGCCUUGGGAAGUGGUGAAGAGAGCCCCCUGGAAGGCUGGUGACCAUUGUCCCUACCUUGGCCAUCCCCCCUAGGGGCCUGGCCGUAAGUGGCUGUGGGUGCAAAGCAUGAACCUGAUGCCAUUGGACAAAUUGCUGACUGUUCCUGGCAGGAGUUAAGAGGUCUGGCCUGGUCCAUCAGCCUGAACCAAAGGGUUUCUAGGGUGCACAUCUUCCUUGGUGGAUCUGAGUAACAGGGCCAAGUUCCUAGUGACCUCAGUAUUUUCUUUGAAAACAGGAACUUUUUGGGUGGCACCUCCUCAACUUGACAUUGGUACAGUGCAAUAAAGACACCUCUACCCUUA